CGUAUUCCAAAUUGGUUGCUCUAUAGACAAGUUGAACUUGGACACCUUGGAGCUACAAUUUUCUUACUCAUCCCACGAUGUACGCGCGUCGUUGUGACUGUGUUGUGUAAAAAGUAAUGAGAGACCACAGGCCUCUAGGCCUUAGGGCCUUGGCCAUUCUUGUGACAUUUAUUUUGACAACUUCGGCUGAAGAAUGUGUCAACCCCGUCACUCAGGUCGUCAACAAGAACGUCCAGUUUGCUGCAUCAUCGACGGACCCAAAGCUCAACACAUCAUACGGCAUUUUCGACUGCUGCACAAGUAUGACACUCGGAGGAUGGUGUCCAAGUAACAAUGUGGCCGGCGACUGGUAUGACGUCAGCUUCGAGUCUGCCAUCAAUGUGACGUCAGUGUUCUUACAGCCGGCGUACACGGCAGAUACGAGCCUACAGUUCUCGGUGACCAGGUUCCGGCUCUACUAUGAGCCAGCCGAAGGUCCGUUUGGUGAGCUGAGAAACUACAGCGGCACCAAUGGAACACAGGUCUUCACAGCUGACUACGUGAACAAACAGUAUGAGCUAAAACUGGACACACCAUUUGUUGCACGCCGGGUUAGAAUUGAGGUGGUCAACUUCACUGGCCGUCCAUGUCUCAGGAUGGACGUACGGGGCUGUGGAGUCGACAUGGCUCCACCAGACAUCAUGACACCCACCGUGGACUAUCAGCCCUCCGACGUGGAUAUGAGACUGGCGUGCACCGUCAUGGACAAGGCGACUUUUGGUAUCCAGUACAUGAUCACGUGGUACGCCGACAACAUGGAGGUACAAGAAGAGAACGUGACAGAUGGUGUGAUGGUUUCUUACCUGACAGUAACUCUGUCUGACUUCUCAGUACAGCAAAAGCACUCCUGUAAAGUUAAAGCUUGCUACAAGCCCUAUCGUGACAACGCUGGAAGUUACACAGCAGUAAAGGAAAGCCAGUCAUACGUCCCCGAAAUACAGAUAUUGAACAAAGACGUCAUGGUACUGAGUGAGAAAGAGAUCAAAUAUAUUCGGGUCAAGGCUACAGCUCCUCCAUACCUGCUCUGUGCCGCAGCUGGUCUGCCGUCAGAAUGCAAAGCUUCCGUUAUAAUCUCAUCGGAGGACGAAGAGUCUAUAACAUGCUCCAAAACAUCAGUAGUGCUUCCAAAACUGCUAUUUCCCAAGGGAGAUAACAAAGACAUCUCGAACUGCGCGAUGACGCUGUCAGAAGCCAACUGGAGACAAGAAAUGUCCAUCGCAGUAACUCCCAACUCUGGCACAGAACUGUCAGGUGUCUUCAACAGUACCAUCUACGUCGGCCUCAUGUUUGACGAUACCUACAAAGGAAGCACAAAAAGUUUGAAUGUGACGACAACAUUUACAACGCAAACACCGGUGUGUGAGUCUACAGGGAUGUCACAUAUACGAAUGUUCAACGGCAGCUUCAUUGAAAACAACUUGUAUGGUGAAUUUGUGUUGUACAAGCAUACUAAACUACCGUUUGAAGUACGCACGUUCAGCCGCCAGUGUAGCCAAGACAAUACAACCCUCAACAAUUCUAGAUGUACCUGCGCGUUAGCCGUCAGAAUCAAAGAUGACGUUGUCUUACUGACAGGUUGUGUUACAGGGGAAGUAAUAACGGCAAAGCUUUUCAAGGGGGAGAAUUCAGAACAAUUUUUUGUGCGGCGAUAUGACGGAGGUUUGCAAUACGAGAUAUCCCUACCCACUGGCGGUCUCGUUGUGGCCCGAAAAACAUUCCAAGAUUCGAUCAAUGUCUGGUUUUAUCCAAGCCUCUCUGAUUCCAAUUCUACCGAAGGUCUGUGUGGGUCUUUUGGAUCAGGAUCAACUAGUGCCAGUUUAAGCAUUGAGACGUGGAGGAUUAACAAAACUAAAAGUUAUUACAACGGUCGUUGUCCUGAUGACACUAGCUCAAGCACAUUGAAGAUGGAAGAGUAUGCUCUAUGCAAAAGCCCAAUUACUAGUGCUUCAAAUAUGACAAUGACAGAUACAUUUCUUACUUGCGAAAUGAUGGAAGAUUUUGAUAAAGAUGAGGACAUAACAGACUUUCUCAAAAGCAACAGUGAUCAGCCUGGCAACUGUGUUGUUGAAGACAGCUUAGACAACAUAUUUAGUUAUAAUAAUGUGGAAAUGGUUGUAACUAGUACAAAUUAUACAGAUCAAUCAGCUAGGGUAGUCUGUGAAACAGCUGUUAAUGCAAGCAAUGCAGUACAUCAAUGCAAUUUAUCUUUAAUAAUGGGUGAUGACUAUACAAAUUGCAUAUCAGAUAUAAAGAGAACUGGAAAUGAAGGUUGGGCCACAUCACUUUUAGAAAUCUUUACUGAACGAUGUUAUCAUUAUUAUGGUCAAAAUGGUCCGCCAAAUGCUGUGUUAAGUGUCCUUUGUCCAAAUGAUUGUUCAAACCAAGGAAUUUGCCUGUCUGGUUAUUGUAAAUGUUAUGAUGGAUACAGUGGUUUUGAUUGUUCUAUAAUAAAGAGCAACCCUCCAACCAUCACAAGAUUUGACCAGAAUUUUUGCAAUACUAACCUUCAAGGAACAUGUGCCUAUGUCACAGUCUUUGGAAAAUCCUUUGCAUCUGACAUAAAAUGCUAUUAUCAAAAAAUAAAGAUCAAUGAUACCAACUAUCUUAUGGAUGGGGACAUAUUUGCUGCAGAAACAACAUACAUAACAGCCAGCCAAAUUCAGUGCAAACUUCCAGCAGAGGGAAAUUACUUCAUAAGAGUACAAAAUCUGAAUGGACCACUUAGCAGUAAUGCUACAUAUCUAUCAUUUAAUCCAAGCUGUUUUAAAAUAUCUCUUGGGAGUUUGGAAAGAAAGCCCCACACAUGUUUCAUCUCUGGAAACUGCUAUGAUGACUUAGAUCAAAACCCCCAAAAUCACACGCAAAUAUGUAAUUCUACAAACAAUGCUGACGACUGGACUAGGAAGCCAGAUUUAUGCUUUGGAUCUGAAGUAGAAAGGAAAGAAAAUACCACAAGUAUUCUUGCAUUCUACAAUGAUGUUACAUACAGCAAUGUUUCUGACAGUGAUGUGUGUCUAGACAUGUGUAAAAAAGAGAUUGACUUACCUUGUAGAUCUGUGGACUUCAACACAAUAACUCAAGAUUGUGCUCUAUCAAAAUACACAAGUUUUCUUGUGCCAGAUUAUUUGUUGCCUGCACAAAACAUCACUCAUAUUGAUUUGUUCUGUAAUUAUGAUCGCUGUCAAGGAAAAGAAUUACAAUGGACAACUUUUGAAAAUAUUGUGAAAGGAACAACUGUAGCAGUGCAUAGUGAUAUAUGGAUGGAAACCACUUGCCGAUCUCUUUGUUUAUCUAAUUCAAGUUGCCAGGGAAUAAACUUCCUCAAGAAAAGAGGAGUUUGUGUGCUAGUAGAUCCCACUUUAUCAGUACCUGAUAGGGCUGCUCCUGGCUGGAUACAUGAAAAAUUUCAGUGCUUAAGUGGUAUAUCUACAAGGAUGCAAAACCAAGUUUUGAAAGCCACAAUAAAUAUUCAGUUUGGUGGACCCUACAAAGAUAUUUUUACUUGUGAAUAUUCUCCUUUAACUGGAAGAGAUUACAAAUAUGAUAUUAUAUGGGCCCAUGAAACUAAUUUGGUUAACAUAGGAAACUCCUCACAAACUUUGGAUAGCAUUACUGCAAAUAAACUAAUGUCGGGUGAAAUGCUUCAGUGUGCAGUUAGUGUGUGUAUUGCGAGCAACUGUGAAGACACUCGAGGACCACUCAUCAUGUCUAAUAUUUACAGAGCAACCGUUCUAAUUGAAAAUAUGAAAGACCUUAUCAUCAAUGAAGGGGAAACUGGAGAAACCAUAACAAUCAGACUGACAGCUCCACCUUAUUUUCUUUGCAAAGGUUAUGGUGGAGGUGCUGAUUUUUGUUAUUUCAGCAUAAAAGUAGAAGUGCUGGAAUCCACCACACCCAGUUCUUGUCCAAAUGGCACUCAAAUACCACAGGCAGCUGUAAUGAUAAAAAAGGACAGCAGUGAAUCACCAACAUGUGAUAUACGUUUUACCAAUGAGGACUGGCAAUCAAAUUUUUCUGUGAAUGUGAAAGCAGUCACUGACCAUAUUUAUGAUGGAGACCACAAUGUCUCUUUAAAUAUAACAAAAACUGUAUUUUUGCCAACCUUUAAUUUUUCAUUGGUUGGUCCAACUUCUAAGAUAAAAUUGGUAGACAGAGAUACCAAUGCUUUAUGUUCAUCAGUGAAUGAUCCCCACAUCACAACAUUUGAUGGAAAGUUGUUUCAUGUUUUCUUGCUUGGUGAGUUUGUGUUCUAUCGACACUCCACACUACCAAUUGAGGUUCGAGUGUUUUAUCGACCCUGUGGUAGUGGACGUGUGUCAUGUAACUGUGCAGUUGCAGCAAGAGCAGGAGAUGAUGUCAUUGUCAUUGACAAAUGUGGUCCGAAAAAUUCUGGGAAUGCUUUUUACCCAAUGACUGUCAAAUUGUUUAAGAAUGGCAUUCUAACUCCUGGAUUCAGGAUUCUUAGUCAGUAUGAAGGAAGAGAAUACCAGAUAAUUUUUCCUACUGGGGCUAUCCUGUAUGUGGAUCGCAGUGCAAUCAAGGGUUUAAAUUUCAUCAACCUUUGGCUGAAGCCUGCACCUGUUGACCAUGGCCAGACACAAGGUCUCUGCGGAAUGUACGAUGGGAAUGUCACCAAUGAUUUAACUUUUCCAAAUAAAACAGUCUAUAAUACAAAUCUCAAUCAACCUAAUGACUAUUCUUUAACCUGGAGAGUUAACCCACAGGACACACUUUAUACUGGAUCUUGUGAUAAUGGAAAUUCUCUUGAGAAUAUGCUAGAAAAACAAUCAUUUUGUUACUGUGAUUCAAGUGAAAAAUGUGGAGAUGGCUAUGAUCUUGUUAUUUGCCCUUUCUUGGAAAGAGAUCAGAUAGAUUUUACUGCACAACUAGAAGCUCGUGCUGUUUACCCACUGAAGUGUCUUGACCAGCUUAACUAUGACAACACAACAUUUCCCCUGUUUGAAUAUAACCAAAACUAUAAAGCAGAGUUCAUCAAUACAAGUCUCACCAGUCCAUCAGGUUUUACCUAUAAAGCUGUUACGGUAUUAGCUGAAGGAAUUUUAGAAUCAGAUAACAUAGCUUUAACAUGUAAAGACAUCAGUGCAGUUAGGAUGUAUGCAGUUAAAGAAUCUUUGAUUUAUGAUAUGUUUGAAACAGGGCAGUACAUUUGGUCAAAAGCUGCUGUUCAAAAUAUACAAACACAAUGUGAAAUAGAGUUAGAGCGCAACACUUCAUUGUGGGAGGGUGAUCCAAAAGCUCCUCCAACAAGUUAUACUUCUUUAUUCUGCAUUGCUGAAUGUGGUGCAGCUGGGACUUGUACACAAGGUGUCUGUUCCUGCAAUGCUGGCUAUGGUGGUAGUGAUUGCUUUGUGGAGACAAACCUGCCCCCUAAUCUCUUUGGGUUGGCCAAUGAUGGUCUGUGUGAUACACGUGAUGAAGAAUGUAGCACUGUUGUACUGUAUGUUAACAACACUGUCAAUGUGCCUGAACUUGCCUGCUAUGUCACAAAACUGAUGACCAAUGCUUCUGGUACAUACAACUUACCUGGAUCUUUGGGUGCUCUGGAAAAAUCACCUGCCACAUUUUUGACAGUAAAUGAAGUGCAGUGCUCAUUGCCUGGAGCAGGAACAUUCCAGGUUCAGAUAGCUACAAAUGAAAACUCACUGAGUGCACCAGCUUUUGUCAUUGUCUAUGAUUCACAAUGCAUGGACUGCUUUGCUUCAAAUACAACCUGCACCCAAAAGACCUCAACAUGCCUAAUCAACAACCUUUGCUAUGAAGAUGGUGAAUAUAAUCCAAAUUCUGUAAAAGAGUUCUGUAAUUCAUCUAUUAGUGUCACAACCUGGCAAGUGGCUAAAGACUCCUGUAGAGGUCUUCCUGUUAUGUGGUUAAAAGAGAAAGGUUACAUCUCUGGUGGUCAGUCCCAGAAUGGCAACACUAGUUUCUGUAAAGAACUUUGUGCAGAUAAAGAUGACUGUCUGUCAUUUGAUUUCAACUCAACCAGUAAUGAAUGCAGCCUCAACACAGAAGACUCAGCACUGUUGAUUGAUUCUUCAACCUACAACUAUGAAUGGAUUUGUGAAAACUAUCCAUGCCAAAUGAGGAACAUCACAUGGAAAAGUAAACCUGGAUUUGCUUUUGUAAAAACACAAGACAAGCCAAAAGUGACUUCAAGUAUAAAUGAGUGUCGCAGAUAUUGCUUGGAAGAAAAGAAAUUUACCUGUCGAUCCAUUCAACUGCUGCGAGACGCUAAAUUAUGUUACCUCUCAGCCCUUACUGCAGGAGAUGGGCUUGUCAGAUGGCCUGGCUAUGUUUUUGAAGAAUGGAACUGCAAUACUGAAGCUGAGAUUGCUUUACCUACUGCAAACCCUGAAGCUGUUAUUGCACAGAAGGACACUUUAAGCCAAGACAUCUAUACUCUUUUCUGCAAGUUUAAUAUAUCAAACUCAGACACCAUCUAUCAAGCAAAUGUCAAAUUUUUGAUAGAAGAUGAAGUAGUGGAAAGGAAAACAAUCUUUACCAACAAAGAGAAUAACACUUACUGGGUAGGCAUGGAUCCAGGCAGACUAAUCAACCUGAAAUAUGGUGCUCAGCUUUCUUGUGGUGUAAGUCUAUGUGUCAAUGGAAGCUGUGAAGCAACUAUUGGAGGAUUCAGAAAAAGCCAAGUUUUGAGACUCGCUGUAACAGUGACAAGCCCAGCUGCUCUACUAGUGCAAGAAGGUCAACCUGGAAAAAAUAUAACAAUACAUAGUAAUUUCCCACCUGCUUUCCUCUGUGAUUCAUUCAAUUCAACAUCAGCCUGCACCUUAAAUAUCAAAGUCUGGGUUGACCCAAGCUACCAAAACAUUGUGUGUCCCAGCUCAGGUGCAUGGUCUCAAAUAGCUCUGAGUACAGGGGCCAUGAAAUCUAUGAGUAACAUAUCAUGUGGUAUUGAGAUCACAGCCAGCAACUGGCAAUUGGAUGCAGUGAUUGACAUAGAGGCAAAGAUAGACAACAUCAUAGAUGGCAAUCAAACACAAGUGGUACAUGUUUUGGGAAGUAUCACCUCUAGCAGUGGUGUUGAGAUGUGGUCAAGUAUCCUACAAACAGUUGAGGUGACAGCACAAGACAGUGAUACUGAUGCAGUCUGUAUAUCUAUGACUGAUACUCACAUGAAGACAUUUGAUGGCAGAUACUACGACAAUAAUUAUGAGGGAGAAUUUGUUCUUUAUGCUCAUGAUACACUCUCUUUUGAGGUCCAUGGAUUCUAUAGAAAAUGCAGCCAAAAAUCUCUUGGCUCUUGCACAUGUGCUGUGGCUGUAAGAUCCCUUGAUGAUGUUAUUUUAAUUGACCAGUGUGGAGCCUCUGCUAUUGAGAGCCCAACACAGACAUUGGCUGUUAAACUGUUUUUAGUUGAUGAUCUGACACCCAAAACUUCAAUUAGAAGAGUGGGUGGUGGUCUUAAGUAUGAGGUUAAAAUACCAACUGGUACAACAAUAGAAGUAGAUGGCAAGGGUGGUUAUGUGAAUGUUUUAAUUGUUCCUUCAGCUAAAGAUUAUAAGCACACUAAAGGUCUCUGUGGAGAUUAUAAUGGUGACAAGGAUAUAUCACUACUUAAAUCUGAUGGCACCUACUUCAACAGAGCAGGAACACGGCCAGAUAUUUUCACACAAUCAUGGAGAGUGAGCCAGACUGAAAGUAUCUAUUCUGGAUAUUGUGGCCAUAUCCAAUCAACUGAAACAAACAAAAGCCUAUGUGACUGUCCUGCCUUAUCCAAUGCUACUUGUAGCCCAUAUGGAGAACUUAAUUCUUGUAUCAGAGAAAGUGAUCACUUCAACUACUGGAAAGGUGAAGACAUCACUCCUAUACUAUUGACUAGAGCUUUGAAACCAGAUUGUGCAGGCAGCAAAGUCACUUUUGAAUACAGCCCUAAUCUCAAUCCUGGGAGUGCAAGCUGGCCCACUGAAUCUAAUUACACUGAGGAUUUUGCUACUGAGCUAUGUGAACAAACUAUCACUAAUGACACUCAGGGUGCAUUGUGUCAAAGUUUGAUGCCAGCACAUUUCAAAAAUAUUGUUACUUCUUGUGUUACUGACAUACAGCUCUCAAACAAUUUAACAUGGGCCAGCUCCAGCCUCUCUGUCUUCAUAUCCCUUUGUCGACUGAAAUACAUGAACACCCUAGUCAACAAUUCAGGACUGUUUGGAGCUGAUGUCAGCUCAGUAAACAAUUUAUGCUUUAAUCAGUGUUCAAAAAGAGGAACAUGUGUUAAUGGCACAUGCCGGUGUGAAACUAACUUUGGAUUGGCUGAUUGUUCUGUAAAUAUGUUGAUCCCACCAACCAUCUACUCAGUACAAAAUGAUGGUCUAUGUGACAUUUCAAAGUCUGCAUGUAGCUCUAUCACAGUGACAGGAGCAACCUUUGUUUAUUCACAAAACCUUGUCUGUAGACUACUAGCAGUAAAGGUAUUAAAUGGCAAAGUUGAGAGGUCAGACAAUGUUACGUUUGUUCAAGCUUCAUAUUUCUCCUUCAAUGAAAUUACUUGUCCAUUAGCAAAUGUUGGUAGCUAUGAAGUCCAGAUCAGUAACAAUAACAGCAGCUUCAGUCAGACAUUUAUCUUCACAGUAUAUAAUCCAGAUUGUCUCAACUGUAAUGCAUCAGGCAUUUGUACAUUAGCUCCUGAGAAGUGCUUCAUCAACAAUCAGUGCUAUUUCUAUGGACAAGAGAAUCCACAGAACCAGUCACUCGUAUGUGAUAACUAUGACGCACCUGACCAGUGGAGCAUAAAAAGAGAUUAUCCUUACAUUAGAGGCAAACCAGUGCUUUCAACAUCUUACAAUGAAACCUUAGAUGAGUUCAUGUUCCUGUGUGAAUUUACUGAACAUGAGCACCCUAAAGUAACUUACUUCAUUGAAUGGCUACAUUUGAGUCAGCGAGUAACAAAAUAUAAUAUUACUGACAUGGGAGUUAAUUCAACAGUUCUCAAACUAAAUGUUUCUGAAAUCCCCAACUUUUUUCACAUGUCUAAUGUGUCAUGUGUUCUAACAGCCUGUUAUACAGAUAAUUGUACUUCAUCUGAAAGCCCACCAAAAACAAGCAAUGCUUUCCAUGUUAACAUUGCAAUUGUAGAACAGAAUGUGGUGGUGACAGAAGGCAUGGGACCUGCUUAUAUCCAAGUGGCAGCUAAUGUACCUACACACCUGCUAUGUGAAGGCAGUAGUGUUGAGCUGUGUUCUGUGUAUGUCAGCCUUCAAUAUGUCAAGGCAACAAAUGAAUACACAUGCCCUCAGAGUGAUACAGUUAUUCAGCAGCUCAUCUUUCCUCACAUAGACAAUGAAUUGGAAAGUUGCAGUACCAGAUUUAAUAAAUGGCCAACUGUGAGGGCACCUGUGUCAGCCACCAUUGACUCUCUUGUAGAAGGGGACAUAUCUAGGUCUGUUGAGGUCUUCAUCAAAUUUGAAUACAACAGCACUGUUGAAGUUAUCAGAUCAAUAGGCCAACAGCAGGUAAACAUCAUUGAUCGUGAUAUUUCAACUAUGUGUGGGUCUGUGAAUGACCCUCAUAUGUCUUCAUUUGAUGGACAAACUUAUAAUAUAUAUUUGGAAGGGGAAUUCAUACUUUACAAACAUACAACCCUACCAUGUGAGGUCCACGGAUACUACAGAAAAUGCAACACUAAGGCUGCCUGUAACUGUGCUGUGUCUGUCAAGUAUGGAGAUGAUGUCAUUCUCAUUGAUAGAUGUGGAUCUACAGCAAGUGACAAACCUAUACCUGUAGAGGUUAAAAUAUUUAAAAAUGGAAUGUUGACUCCUGGUUUACGUAUCAUUCAACAACUGGAGGGUAGGAAGUUCAAGAUCACAUUACCUACUGGCACUGAAAUCAAAGUCACUGUCACAAACCAUUUCCUUAAUGUGUGGGUGCAAGCAUCAGCUCUUGACUUCAACAAUACAGAAGGCUUAUGUGGCAACUACAAUCAAGACCCAUCAGAUGAUUGGAAAAUGCCGUCUGGGACAAUUUUCACUGGUAGAUCUACAGAACCAAAUGAGUUUACAUUGUCUUGGCGAGUCAAUUCUACACUGACCCACUAUCGAGGUAUUUGUGCCACAGAAAGUACAACAUCAGAAAGCCUAUUCUGUAGAUGCACGGCUAAUGAUUCUUCAGAGUGUCAAACUGGGCUUAAUGUCGUCAAAUGUCCUUUGUCUAACACAGCAUUGAAAUUAAAUGGUGGAGGCAUAGAUGUGACAGAAUUUUAUGUGAACAACAGCAUAACUCCACAAUGCAAUGGCGAACAGUUUGAAUAUGAUGCCAACUACACUUCACCUGCUCUGAAUUGGUCUGUAUUUUCCAACUGGACUGAGGUGAAGGCAAGAAAUUUCUGUAUCAACUACAUUAGACAGAGUACAAUUGGAGUAAUGUGUGGGGACAUAUUUACACUGAGUUACAACACAACUGUUUCUUCAUGUGUAUCAGACAUACAGAUCAUGGACAGCACUGAUUAUGCUGUAGAGGCCCUGAGUAACUUGUUGGAGCAAUGUCUAAGUGGAAUGACAAGAACAGUUCAAUACUGGGUUUCAAAUAAACCAAACACGACCUUCUUGGAUUUAAUGUGCAUCAAUAACUGCAAUGAUCGAGGCAACUGUUCUAAAGGUGUAUGUCAAUGCAGUGAUGGCUUUGGAGGUGUAGAUUGCUCAAUUAACUUGAAGAUCCCACCUACAAUCUUGAGUGUUCUCCCUAAACUGUCAUGUGAAGUCAAGUCUGAAAACUGCCAGGUUUUAACUGUCAUAGGUGGACCUUUUGUUGACUCUGGGAAUCUGACCUGUGUGUUUGAACAGAUCAAUUAUGUUGGUGAGAAGAAUUACACUGUCAGAGCCAACAGCACUUAUAUUGUCAGUGCUGUGUUCAAGUCUUAUGAGCGCAUCACAUGUCAACUUCCUUUCACUGCAAGCUUCCAGCUGUCUGUACAAAAUGUACUUAACAUAACCAGCAAUGUUGUUAUUUACCAAGCCUACAAUUUAGACUGCUUUACAUGUACUGGGGCUAAUUGCUAUCUACAGCCAAAAUACUGCUACAUUGACAACAAAUGUGAAAAAUUUACUACAACUAAAGCUGGUAAUCCCAACCUUGUUUGUGAUCCUUCCAAAAGUAAAUCAGACUGGACUAAUAGAAAUGAUUACCUCAGAAUUGACACAAAACCAAUCAUCACUACCAGCUUUGAACAAAACUCCAGCCAAUUUUAUUUGGUCUGUAAUUGGACUAGUUAUGUAAAUUCUGACACAAACUAUUCAGUAUAUGCUCAGUGGUAUAAAGAUGAUGACUUUGUGAGGGAAAGUCAAGUUAUUGGCAAUGAAACAACAAAUGAAAUCUCCUAUUUAGAUUUCACUGACUUGAAAUACAGUUCGAAGAUAUACUGUGGACUAGUUAUCUGUUUCUCAUCAAAAUGCAGUGAAACCAGGAGUCCAGUUGUGAAAAGUGAUGAUUUCUAUUUCAAGAUCACGCUAAUUGGAAAAUUAUCACUGGAGAUAAAAGAAGGAUAUGAAGACAAAGUUUUCAGGAUAUCUUCCAACUUCCCUCCCCUUGUUUUCUGUGACAAGAACAACAACAGCUCAUGUGAGAUUUCCAUAACCAUGCAAGUCCCACCCAGUUCCAGCUCACCAGAUAUUCGUUGUCCUGUUACCAAACAACCUUUGCCUCAGCUGGUCUUUAGAUGGCAGACAGAGCAACCAUCCAUUCCUGCAUGUGCUGUAGUUAUCAACAAUAACAACUGGCAGCUUACUCAGACAGUGGUAGUCAGAGCUGUGUUGGAUGGCAAGAUAGAUGGAGAUGUUUUAAGGGAUGUCACUGUCAAUGCUCAACUUACUCAAAAUUUCAGCAUUGUUGUUGGCUCUCUUCAGGUCAAGAUUAUUGACACAGACAAAAUUGCCAUCUGUCAAUCUAUAAAUGACCCACACAUGACAACAUUGGAUGGAAAGUAUUACAAUAAUUUCAAUGUUGGAGAAUUUAUUCUAUACUUACACAAGUCUGGACAGCAAGAGGUGCGAGCUUACUAUAGAAAGUGCAGAGAUGGCAAAGCUUCAUGUAACUGUGCAUUGAUUGUCAGAGCUGGGAAAACUGUUGUCAGAAUAGACAGAUGUGGACCACUUAUUGGUGAUCCUGAAAGGCAGUAUCCACUUAAUGUUGAUAUGAUUGUAGAUGGAGAACUUACUCAAGGUCUCACUGUAGCAAGUUAUGAUGACGGGAGAAGGUUUGAGAUAACACUUCCAACAGGGUUGAAAGUAAUAGCAACAGCUGGCCGCAAAUUUAUCAAUGUUGUUCUACAGGCACCUUCCAAUGAAUUUAAGCAGACUUCAGGUUUGUGUGGAAGCUAUGAUGAUGAUGAAACCAAUGAUUUGACAUCCAGAACUGGUGAACUUGUACCAGACACCAGAAUUGAUGACUUUUCUUUGAGCUGGAGAGUAACACAAGAAGAAUCUAUUUAUGGUGGUUAUUGUGGAAGUGACAGCGGUGAUGUAGUCAUCCCAACAGCUUUCUGUACUUGUGGUUCUAGCCAGUCAUGCAGUUCAAAUGUAUAUCUUUCUGGCUGCCAGAAUGGAUUAAGGGACAUUUUAGGAGGUUUAGAUAUCACAAAUGACCUGUACAUGUCUGCUCUGAAACCAAACUGCAGCUUGAAAUUUGAAUAUGAUGUGACAUACAAACCUGAGGUACCAACAUGGCCAACUCCAAGUGGCUGGACAUUUGAAAAAGCCCAGAACUAUUGUAUAGAUUAUUUAUAUAGCAGUCAAUCAGGUCGGGCAUGCCUUGGAUUGGUUUCUGCACUCAAAUUUGAUGUUCUAAUUGAAGGCUGUGUAGAGGACAUUCUGAUUUUGGACUCUGUUGAAUUUGCCCUUUCCGCUCUGGAAAAUCUCAACUUGCGUUGUUUACUGCAUCUUCAAACCAACAUAAGCUACUGGAUCUAUGAUAGCAAUGGGGUGUAUUUGAAUGAAACAAUUUUUGGCUCAAUCUGCCCAUCUGAUUGCAACAUGAAUGGUACUUGCACCAAUGGAAAAUGCAUUUGUAAAGAUGGUUUUGGAGGUGCAGCAUGUGACAUAGAUCUGAGGGUACCUCCCCAAGUCAUAGAUUCACCAAGUAACAGAAUCUGUGAUUUAAAAUCAAAGAGAUGUCCUAAUAAAAUUGACAUCAAUGGGUUCAAUUUCCUCAACAGUGUCAACUUGACUUGUCAUAUUAAGACUAUCACGAUUCUUGAAAAAACCAUUGAAGUUUCUAAGGAAGAAAUCACAACAACUGCAAAAUUCAUCAAUUUUAACACAGUUUCAUGCCAAGUAAAUCUUACAGAGAGCUUUGCCCUAGCCAUUAGUAACAAUGAAGACAUUCUCAGUAGUUAUAACAACUAUUUGAUCUAUGACUCUACAUGCCUUACUUGUACAACAGAACCUGAUAUUUGCACAAUAAAGACUGACACAUGCUUCAUUGGAAAUCGAUGCUAUGCUUUUGAUGAAAUUUCCCAAGAAAAUCAAUCUCUGUCAUGUCAGCCAACAAAAAAUCAAACUUCCUUCAGCAUUUUGUCACUUGCUCCAAGCAUCAGAAAACCAGUGAUUUCAACUCAAGACAUCAAGAAUUCUCCAUUCUUUUUAAUCACUUGCAAGCUAAACAGUGAACAGUGUAAAUCUGAUGUUCAUUAUGAAGUACUAUGGAUGUACAGACAAAACAUCACAAUCAAAAACCAAACUUCAAUCACAUGCAGCACUGAUAGCCGUUUAAGUGUAGAUGAUAUCCCAGACUUUAAUCUAGGAGACUCUAUUACAUGUGCAGUGCGAGGAUACAAAAAUGCUUCUAAUCUAGACACCUAUUCUGAUUGGAGAUACAGUGAUGAACUUUCUUCACAAAUUCAAAUACAGGAGACUAGUUUGGUGGUAAUUGAAAGAAACAAGUCUGACACCUUCCAUGUGUCCUCUUCUUUCCCUCCUGGAUUUUUCUGUGGCAACUCUAGUAACUGGAACAACUGUAGCAUUGAAAUCUAUAUCCAAACUACACAGCAACAACCUCUCACAUGUCAAAGAAAAAUACUGCCUCAAGUUAUCUUCAGCCAAAAUAAUAAUUUUGGUUCAAGCCUUCAGUGCAGCAGACUUCUGACCUACAGCAACUGGCAAACAACUUAUUCUUUUGAGGUCCAAGCAGUACAAGAUAAUUUACUAGAGCUAGAUCAGCUGUUGAAAGUUCAUGUAUCAGCUAAAGUACUUAUGGGAUCAGAAGUCAGACAGUCAUUGGAUGUAGCUGUGUUAAAUCUUACAGUCAAGGACAGUCCACAAGCUAAACAAUGUUCUGUUGGUACUCACAUGGUGACAUUUGAUAAACAUCCAUAUUCAAACUUCCUGAGAGGAGAAUUUGUUGCCUACAAAAGCACUGGCUCUUCAGCAGAGGUGCACAUCAUACAAACAUCAUGUUAUAAUAACACAUCGACAUGCAUGUGUGCAGUCAUGGUAAAGUCUGAUGAUGAUGUAGUUACCAUUGAUCACUGUACUUCCUCUGGAGCUGUUGAUGUUCGACUACACUUGAAUGACAAACUCACUCCAGGAACACGCAUUGCCAGAUUUGAAGAUGGAAAAAUGUUCACGAUUACCCUACCAAAUGGCUCCUUUGUUGAGGUUAUGGUAAAUGAAAACAGCCUAAACACAGUGAUUUACACUUAUGAUUCUGGAGUACUUCAAGGGCUAUGCGGAAAUAAUGAUGGACUAGUAGACAAUGAUAUCAUUGCCUCAAACUUCAGCAAUGAUAAUGAUACAGAAGCUUUCAUUGAAGCUUGGAGGGCAAGUAUUUCCUAUUUAAAUGGAAUCUGCUCAGAAUCAUCAAUGCCAGCUGAAGACACUGAUAACUACUGCCAAUGUGAUGGUGCAUCACAACUAAUUUGUGACUCAGGACUAGACAUCACCUAUUGUGAUAUUGCAGCUAAUAAUGUAUCAGGAAAAACAUUAAAUACUGGCAUUGAUAUUACAAGCUCACUAGUGCAGUUUUCCUACACUCCUACUGAUUGCUGUGACCCUAACAAGAAAUUCUCUUAUGACAUGGAAGAAGCAUACAUUCCACAGCUUUCCUCAUGGCCAACAAAAAACAAGAACUUAACAGAAGCAGCUGUAAAAAGCUUAUGUCAGACUGCAUUAGAUAAAAAUGCAAUUGGUGAAUAUUGUGCUAAUGUUUAUACCUAUCUGGACAUUGAGACCAUCAUACAAACCUGUGUUUCCAAUAUCCAGAGGACCGAAGACACCUCAAACACCAAAGAAUACAAGUCCAGCUAUAAGUGGUCAUGUCUUCAUUUCAUCAACACCAAUGUAUCCCUGUGGAUUAACAAUGCUGCACCAGAGAUUAAUAUUUGUGGAUGCCCAGACAACAACAAUUGUGUUACUGGCCUUGAUUCUUCUAACUGCUCAGUGGAUCUGACUGUACCCCCAACAAUACUAACUCUCAGUGGAAAGUGUGACACCAGCUCAUCUAAAAACUGUGAAGAAAUUGAAAUUCUAGGGUCUGGUUUUGUUGAUACCCAGAACUUAACAUGUCAUGUAACUAUGAAUCAAACAACAACAGCACACAAAGCUAUCUACAUCAGUAACAACAAAGUUAUCUGCAAUGUGACCCUACAGCAAUCUGCUACCAUAGAAAUUAGCCUAAAUGGCAUCAAUAAAGGAAAAGUAAUCAAUUGGAUCCUGUAUGAUGGAAACUGUAUGAUAUGUAAUGAAAAUGGCUGUUCAAACAAGAAUGAUACUUGUAUCAUAAAUGACCAUUGUUAUGAAAGUGGUUCGGUCUUUAAAGAUGAUCCUGUAAAAUAUUGCUGGGCAACCAACUCCUCAUCAUGGACUACUAUUCCAAAGGAAGCUGUUUCUCGUAAAGAUUACAAAUAUGAAGCUUUUAGCUCAACGUUGCUUAAAACAACACAUGGAAACUUGACAGCUGUGGGUGGACUUCAACUGACCACUGGUUAUGGAGGAGAAAAGGCAAUACCUUUCUCUAAAAUUGGCCAGCUUGUAACGAUAGCCAGAGACAAUAUAUUUUAUUUAAAUACUAACCUACACCAACAACCAGGCUUCACAAUCAAGUUUAACAUCAAAUUUGAGUCAUUGUGUGACAGUCUUGUGAUGAGUUCUUGGGGAACAGACAAAACUGGAUCUGGUCUUGCUUUGUCUAUCUGUGAUGGUUGGGUGCAUACUUUUGUCCGCACUCUGGAUAGGCAGUGGUCACUUAAAAUAGCUAAAGCAGAAAUCAACAAGUUUAUACCAGUUGAAAUAAGCUGGUCAAAUUCACUUGGUCUAGCUGUUUCAUGGAACAGUGUUGUCAAGGAAACAACUUCAUACACAGCUCUAGAGACUUUAGGCAGUUCUUUUGGAGAUCUAGUGAUUGGUUCUACUACAUCCAGCAAGUGUGCUAUUGGCAUGACCUUAGGAGGCCUGACAGUUUUCACAGCUGCAAAGCCAGUUUUGACAGCUCUUGGAGUUAUUACAGAAUUUCCCACUCUGAAAUCACCACCAAUCAUUACUGUGGAAUACAAGUCUGAAACAAGCCUCACCUUCUUCACUUGCACCUUUGUGAAUCUGAUGCGUGGCAAUGUAGAGUACAAUGUUCAAUGGUAUUUAAAUGAUAUAGAAGUUAAACAAGAAUACAUCUAUGGAACAAACAAUACCAGUAUCCUAGAUGAAAGUCACAUUGUCAAUAGAAGCUACGGUUCACAGAUUGCUUGUGCUGUGACACCUUGCUACACUUACAACUGUGCUGAUCUCAGUGGACCUACAUUCACCACAACGUUUGACAUCAUAGUAAAGGUUCAAGAAACUAAAAUUACUGUCACAGAAGGUGGGGAUACAGCCUUUAUACACGUAACCUCAACAAUUCCACCACACCUCUUCUGUGCAUCCUCCAACCCAGAUUCAACUUGGCUCCAAGCUUCAAUCAAUGUUUUCAACUUCAAUGGGCCACAAACAUGCCAGAAUGGCAAUGCACUAAGACAAGUUGUCUUCUCUAACAUAAAUCAGAAUGACACCAGUUUUACUUGUAAUCAGAACAUUUCAACCAGCAGCUGGGAUACAGGACUACAGAUUCCCAUUCAAGCUACAGUGGACAUGGUUAAAGAUGGAGAUGUCACUGGCCAGAUUAAUAUCACUGUCUCAGUUUCAUGUUCUGGUGGCGAUGUAUUUUUGAUCACCCAUACAACACAGGUAACAGUCAUUGACAAAGAUACAGGAACACAAUGCCAGUCUAUAAAUGAUCCCCACUAUACAACUUUUGAUGGAGUGCUACAUAAUAUUUACAAAGAAGGAGAGUUCGUGAUAUACAGACACACCACUCUGCCUUAUAAAGUACAUGGCUUCUACCGAAAAUGUAACAAUAACAUUGCUGCAUGCAACUGUGCAUUUGGUAUUCAAGUUGAGGAUGAUGUACUUUUGAUUGACCGUUGCGGUCCCAAUCGCAAUAAUCUUUUCUAUCCACUGACUGUUAAACUGUACAAAAAUGGAGACAUCAAUCCAGGAUUCAAGGUUUUGAAAUUAAAUGAUGGAAACCAGUAUCAGGUCCUCCUUCCAAGUGGUACUAAAAUAAUAAUAAAAAAUGAGAAUUUUAUCUUCACUGGAGAACCUCGAUAUUUAAAUAUUUGGAUAACAGCCUCAUCAGUUGAUUACAGGCACACUGAAGGUCUGUGUGGUUCAUUUGAUGACAACACAGCAAAUGAAUUUUAUUCUUCUGAUGGAAAAAAUUUGGCUGUUGGUGGAACAGAGCAAAAUGUAUUUUAUGAAUCCUGGAGAGUACAACCAAAGGACUCGCUUUACUCUGGUUAUUGUCCUCAAGAUGAUGAUGACAUGACCUUUAACACCUACUGUAGCUGCUUAUCAAAUGGCACUGAACCUUGUGGGUCUGAUCAGUACAUGGUGGAUUGUAGAAAAGAUUUCAAUGACCCUGUAUUCAAGCAGUUUGAGGACAUAACAGACAGUCUCAUUGAUCUCUCAGAAGAACCAGCUCAAUGCUUUGAUCCAGAUGUGGAUGUACCCAUAUAUGAGGCAGACCUCAAUUACACUUACAAUGUUCAGACUGUUAUGUGGCCGACACCAUCCAUGAAGGAAGAAGCAGAUGUUUAUAAACUGUGUCUUGAAGCAGUAACUAACUCUUCUCUUGAAACAUGCAUUAAAAACUUCAAUAUAGAUAUUACAACUGCAUUGAGGUUUUGUGUGUUAGACUUCAUGAUGACUGAUGAUCCCAUUUGGUUGAAAUCAUUGACAAUCAAUAUUGAAACACAGUGUCAAACAAAAAUUUCACUUAAUGUAACCAGUCAGGACUUUAAUUUCUGCCCAUCUGAUUGUAAUCACAAUGGAAAUUGUUCAAAUUACAGGUGCUUGUGUUCACCCAAAUUUGCUGGUUAUGACUGUUCAAUUGACAAAAGUAAACCACCAACCCUUGUGAACAUUGUGGGUGGCAACAUCUGUGACUCUACACAGGAUCAAAACCAAUGCAAAAAAAUAACCAUACUUGGCUAUCCUUUUAUACGUGGUGAUGUGAAGUGCAUUUUACGCCAGCUUGUGACAACAUCAGAUUCUGUGAUAGUGAAUGCUAGUGCAACAACAUUGGAGUUUAAUGCUACGUUCAUCAGCUCUGAAAUGGUCAGGUGUGAUCUGAUUCAAACAGGCAGUUGGGAGAUUUCUAUCUCGACCAGUACUAGUAAACCUAGUAAUCCUUUCCAGUUUAUUUCCUAUGACUCUAAUUGUGACUCGUGCACAUCAGGAGGAUGCACGAGAAGGAUUGAUAUUUGUAGCAUCAACAACAUCUGCUAUGAAAAUGGAGCAACAAUAAGUGGCAGUGCAAUAUGUGACACUACAAGUAGUAAUUCAUCAUGGACCUUAAUUACAAAGACACAAAUAGAUGUCAACUGGUUGUCUUUUAUAAAAAUAAUAGGAGACAUAUUGAAAACUACAUCAUUUGAUCUUCAUCUUUUUGGAUCUCCAAAGCUAAUUCCUGGUCCAGCUGGUGGUUAUGCUAUAGACUUCAAUGGUGUCAAUGAUUAUCUCAUGUUUGGUGAUCAACCAGAUUUUUGCCUAGGUAGUGUUGCUGGUUGCCCUUGGGGUCUGACAGUAAAAUUUACUUUGAAAAUCAACUACUUUAGAAACAAAAUGUAUAUUCUUUCUUGUGGGGCUGAUUCCUUGAGGACAGCUGGCCUUUCUAUAUGGUAUCAAGGCAACAAACUUAAUGCACGUUUAAGAACACAACAUAAAGAAUGGAGGGUCCAUGGCCCCUACAAUAGAAGAUUUUACCUAGGCAAAUUUGUUGAUGUGAUGUUGUCAUGGAGCAUGAAUAAUGGUCUGUAUCUGAAACUUGAUGGGAGCAGGACAUACCAAGACAGAAAAUUUCAAAGAAUUUAUCGCACACUAGAAGCACCAGGCAAAUGUUAUUUUGCAAGGCCCAUUUCUGACACUGAUUUGUCUUAUUCACAAAUAUCAGUUUCUGACCUGAGUAUCAUCUAUGCCUAUUAUACUGUUGCUGCAGAGCUCAAAAUUAGCCUAGACCUACCCAGAUUUGCAUACCCACCAUCUAUAAGUGUAGUGACGACAGCCAACAAAACAGAAUUUGUCUGCUCAGUUAAUCCUCUACAAGUAGCCAAUGUCACCUACUUUUUCAACUUCUUUGUUGGCAAAACAAGUUUUAGCCAGGGACCGUAUAUUCAAGGAAACAAAAUCUCAGCCAACUUAAGUGAAGAUGACAUACAACUCCCAAUAAUGUUUGGAUACAAGAUUUAUUGUGAGGUCUCUGCAUGUUAUAGCGAUGACUGUAAUUCCACUCUAGGACCAGUGAGGCAGAGUAAUAUUAUAGUAGCUGAACUAAAGGUUGUAGAUCAGUCAAUUGAGGUAUAUGAAGGUGGCCAGACUUCAAUAUUAGUGUCAUGUUCCUUACCACCAAAUCUUUUCUGUCCCUUUGGGCAACGCAAUGAUGACUGUUACAUAUCAUUGCAAACGUCUGUGGUGAAAGAUGGUCAAGAUGUGAGAUGCCCCAAUAGAGCUCGCUUGUCACAGCUGGUGUUUCCAGUCCCAGACAGUUAUGUAAGAGAUGGGGCUUGUAACUACCGCAUCACCACACAAACCUGGACAAGCAGUCUCAACAUUAUUGUUCAAGGCACAAUUGAUCAGCUGAAGGAUAAUAACAGAAUUAAGCCAGUCUUGAUUGAAGCUGCAGUAGUUUCAGAUGGAACUUACUAUAGCCAAACAUCUCUAACUGUUAAGGUUAUGAUCAAAGAUAUGGAUAGAAAAGCCAAAACAUGUCAUGCAACUGGAGAUCCACAUUUCAAAACAUUUGAUGAGAAGUUGUACAACAAUUACUACCAGGGAGAGCUAAUAAUGUACAGGCACAAAACAUUGCCUUAUGAGGUAAGAACCUUCCAAACAACAUGCAAUGGCAAAGCUGCCUGCAACUGUGGUCUAGGUAUAUUGUCAGGAAAUGAUAUCAUUGUAUUAGAACGAUGCCAGGCAGGAGUACUAGGAGCUGCGCUAAAGCCUAGAAUCUACCUGAAUGGGGAACUAACUCCUGGAACAACACUGAUCCAACUCAAAGAUGGAGGCUAUAAGAUAACUCUUCCAAUUGGCACAACUAUAGAAGUACAUGCCGCCACUAAUGGUAUGGGAGGAAUAAAUGCCCAUGAUGUUGUUGAGGUGUAUAUCUUAGCAAGUGUUUAUGACUUCCAGCAAGUUGAAGGCUUGUGUGGUGAUAAUGAUGAUGAUGAUAGUAAUGACCUCAGACUGCAAAGUAGCACCCUUGUUAGGGACUCUGAAGUUGAGAAAUUCAUUCUCUCUUGGAGGUUGAACAGUACAGAGCAAAGUUUCUAUACUGGUUUCUGUAACCCUGUUGAAGAAACCACAACAUCAUCAGUCAAGUGUGACUGCAGAAAUGAUUUAUCAUCCCCUGUCUGCUCAACUGACUCUGAGAUUCAAACCUGUAAUAGUGUUGAUUCAUCCAGCUCUGAUGAUGGCACUGACAUCAUAAAGACUUUAAGUGAAGGUGGAGAUGUUGUGGACAGUUGUAUUCCAAGUGAAACUGAUGUUACAUGGGUUUACGAUCCUUCUUAUGUUUUUACAUUACCAUCCUGGCCAACAAAGAGUGGAAUCACCAAAGAUCAGGCAACUGCUGCCUGUAAUGCUAUUGUGCAAAUUAGUACCAUGUACAAGGCUUGCAAAGAUCUGAUAGAAUACCAACUACCUACUUCAUUACUAAAUUGUAUUACUGACAUACAGAUAAUGGAUGAUCUAAAGUGGGCCAAGAAUAUUUUGCUAGAUAUUCGUGUUGUCUGCCUCAUAGAAGUCAAUUUUAAUGUUAGCCUCUGGAUAGUGGAUGGUGAUACUGUCAAACUUCCUCAAAGUAUUACAGAUGCUAGCUGUCUCAACGACUGCAACAAUAAUGGUACUUGUAAAGCAGGCCGAUGUGUAUGUAAUGAAGGUCUCUUGGGCCCAGACUGUAGCAUUGUAUCCACCGACCCACCUACCCUGACAGUUAUUGAUGAAGGAAAUAAAUGUGACACCAGAAUGUCAGACUGUGUCAUCAAGAUAUUUGGUGUUAACUUUGCUCAGUCCUCCAACCUUACUUGCCACAUUAAAUCAUACUCUGAUGGUACUGUGUCCAAUAUCCUUGCUAUCUUUGUCUCUGGAGAGAUAGUUACUUGCCCAUUUAAUGUACCUGGAUCAUUCACUGUGUCUAUCAGUAACAAUGGGAUCAACUUUAGUGAUUUCUUAAAUUUCACUAUCUAUGAUUCAGUCUGUGAAAGCUGUGAAGUUUUGCCUUGCACACCUAAAGAAAAUGUGUGUAAAAUAAAUGGAAAAUGCUAUGCUAAUGGCUUUUAUGACAUUGACCAUCCAGAAUUUGUUUGUCAAACAAUCUAUUCAAUUGACAGUUUGACUAAGAUCACAAUAACAGAUAUCCAAAAAGCACUAAUCAUUUUCAAAGGAAUAGAUGGCAAUAAUUUGAUUACAACUCAAGGAAAUUUUCUCAUUACUGGCAACCUAACAACAAAGACUGACUUUAUGAACCAUGUUGUUAUUAACUUUGGUGGAGCUGGGGGCAUUAAUUUAAAUUCUCUGGGAAAUCCAUGCCUGAAUGACUUAGAAGCCUGUAAUUUUGGUAUCACAGUUUCGUUCUCAGUCAAAUUCACAAAGUUUGUAGAAAAUGGGUAUCUCUUUACAAGCUGUGGAAAUGAUGCAGACUCCUCUGGGAUAGCUGUCUACUACAGUAGGAGACGGCUGUACUUCACCUUCACAACAAGGAAACUAAUUUGGACAGUGUACACUAAGAGAAUAAACACUGUAGAUCAACUCAAUUUUGACAUUUCUUGGAGCAUACAAUCAGGUUUGAGGUUAUUCAUCAAUAAAGAGCUAGAAGCAAAGAGAGUAAGACCAAUAAAACGAAGAUUCCAAAUUCAAACCAGGCGAGCUUGUGACUUUAAUGUGGGAUCUGCUGAAAAUAAAACUAGUUUAUCUUUUGAGCUUGGAUCUCUUAACUUCAUCUAUGCUGAGAAAGACAUUGUAGAUACAUUAGGCAUUACUUAUGGGCAACUAGUACUGUUAAAGAAACCAGAAUUGAAGAUAACUGUAGAUGAAGUCACAGAAAAAGUUACAUUUACUUGCGCAUAUGAACCCCUGCAAGACACAACUGUCAGCUAUAUCACAAGCUUCUUGUAUAAUGAUGUGGAGAUCAAUAAUUCAUCAACCACAAGCUCUGCCUACUUAACAGAAGAUAAACUUCCUAUUUUAACAUACAACAGCAAGAUUUCUUGCAAAGUAACCGUAUGUGAGACUGCUAACUGUGAACUAACUAAAGGAAUAGCAACUGCCAGUGACUACAUUUACAUCAGGCUUGAGCUUCAAACAACUCAACUUGUCAUCCCUGAAGGAAGUGUAGAUAAAAUCUCUGUUGUAAGCUAUGUCCCUCCUCGUUUGUUCUGCAAUGAACAGUUCAGGAAUUCUUGUCAUGUCCGCAUCAUUACUGAAAUAAAGACUGGCCAAGAAAGUCGAUGCCCAGAUCAAAGACCAAUACCUCAGGCUGUUAUUCAGUGGAAACAAUCAAACCCGACUGAAACAUUCUGUGGCCUCAUGGUGACCUCAGAAAACUGGAGAACAACUCACUUUAUCUAUGUCAAAGGUGUUGUGGAUGCUCUAAAAGACAAGGACCAGAAAAGAACCAUAGAGGUGUAUGCAACAAUUAACUCAACACAAGAUUACUCCAACACGCUGUCCCUAGGUCAAGUUCAGCUGACAAUCAAGGACCUAGAUAGAAGAAGUAGUUGUAGUUCUGAGAAUGAUCCACAUAUCACAACAUUUGAUGGAAGAAAACUGGAUGUCAUGAUUGAGGGCACAUUUUUACUUUUUAAACACAUAUUGUUCCCAUUUGAGGUACAUGGGUACUACCGUUCAUGUAGAAAAGUUGCAGCUUGUAACUGUGGAGUUGCUGUUAGAUAUGGGAAUGACGUCGUCUAUAUUGGCAAGUGUCAACACGAUGCAGAGGAUGAAGAUGAUCUAAAAAUAAAGCCUUUAGAAAUAAAACUUUAUAGAAAUGAUGACUUAGAACCAGGAUUUAGAGUCUAUGAAUAUAAAAACAACAAAUACACAAUUAAUUUACCUAAUGGAGAUGCUGUGUACAUCAAUGCAAAGCAAGGAAAACGUCUUCCAAAUUUCAUUAACUUCUGGAUAUAUGCAGCUGGUGGAAGCUUCAGUCGAGUGAAAGGCCUGUGUGGCAACUUUGAUGAUGAUGCAACUAAUGACAUCAUUGAAUUAGAUGGAACCAAAUCAGCUGACCAGAGCCCAGAACCUGCAGAUUAUGCUAAUAAAUGGAGAGUUCCAUUGAAUGAGUCUAUCUUCAAUGGCUAUUGUGGAGAAGCAGCAGAUUCUGACAGCACAGACACCUAUUACUGUGAGUGCCAAUCUGGUGCUGCUAGUACUUGCAGCAAAGGACGAGAUGUCUUCCAGUGUUUUAGAAAUGACAUUCAGGACUCACUUAGUGCUAUCUCCAGCAGACUCAGACAAGGUAAAGACAUUACCAGCUCACUGAUAAGUGUCAGUGAAGAAAUUCCUCCAAAGUGUUCUUCUACACAGAAGCAAGUGGAAUUCUAUUAUAAUGAAACUUAUGUUUCCGUUCCUGUUAUAUCAAAUAUUACCUACGAAGUUGCAAGAAAUUACUGUUUAACACAGAUUUCAGGUUCUGCUUCUGUAGCAUCUUGCCAAAGCUAUCUAGGAGAACGUUACUAUAAUUCCAUUGGCUUUUGUAUUGCUGAUUACCAGUUAACAGCAGACAAAUUUUGGGCAGAAGUUGCUCUUGAAAACAUGAGAAGCCAGUGUAAGAUUUUUGUGACUGUAGAUACAGAACUCUGGAUUACAGAUGAAUUUGGGGGGACAAGCCUUCCUGAUGUUAUUGACAACAUCUGCCCAGAAGGGUGCAAUAAUAAUGGCAAUUGCAGUUUUGGCGAAUGUUCAUGUAAUGAUGGAUAUGCUGGAGACAGUUGUGAUGUGAAUUUGGAUUCUGACCUGCCUGGUGUUCUGAGUAUAGAAGGUGGUGGUCUUUGUGACACACGGAGAAGAGAUUGUGACAACAUCAAAAUAAUUGGAUAUGGAUUCGUGAAUGUUUCCACACUUCAUUGUAUAGCUUAUGAUAUUUCAAUUUUAAAUGGAUCAUCUAUCAAAAAUGUCACAGUGAAUGCUACUUAUGUCAGAAGUGAUACUAUUAGAAUAGGUGCAUUUAAUAUAAGUGCAUUUAGUUAUACCAAAGUAGAAAUUGUAUGCAGCAAUGCCAUUACAUUCUGGCCUGUACCAUCAGUUGUUUUGAUCAAGUAUGACUCAUUCUGUGAUAACUGCAACACAAGUAGUUGUACACAGAGAACUGACAUCUGUAGGAUCAAUGGGGAGUGUUAUGAAAAUGGAAAUGUGAAUGGAAAGAAUGCAACUCAGAUAUGUAGCAUAGCAGUCAAUAAAACAUCCUGGACCUCCAUCACAGCGUCUCACAUUUCAAGGCUGAGAUUGUCAUUUGUGAAAAUCAUCAACAAGAUUCUGAUCACUAACUACUUUAAUAUAACAUUAUAUGGCAGCCAAUUUAAUAAUCUAAUCACUGGACCAUAUGGUGAUCUUCUAGUGCACUUGAAUGGCAAUGACCAGUACAUUGAAUUACCUUACCAAAACAUUGGUAUAUGCUUGUGGGAUAUAGAAGAGUGUGAACUUGGGUUUACUGUAAACUUUCAGCUGAAGAUUCUUACAGUUACAGAAGGGAUGGUGAUCCUCAGUAGUGGAGCAGAAGAUGCAUCUUAUUAUGGCAUCUUUAUGUGGGUCAGUAAAGGUCGCCUCUAUCUAAGAGUUAGCACUAAAACAAAAGAAUGGACUGUAGCAACAAGCACAUUUACAGUGAAUAAGUUCAUAGACAUCAAGUUUUCUUGGAAUAAGGAACAAGGGCUUAAAUUAUUCUUUAAUGGGCUAAGUGUAGCAGCACAGAAAUUCUUCACUCUCCAUUCACAAGAAGCGCAGAACAACAGAAAGUUCUAUAUUGGGUCAAACCUCAACACCAGUAUUUACUCAAGUAUUGAAAUUGGAGCCUUUGAUAUCCUUUUUAGCACAGAAGAUAUUGCAGAUUCUUUGAAUUUCACAAUUAUCAUACCAAAAUUUAAAGAGACUCCAAAACUUGAACUACAAGCUGAUGAUCUGAACUUUAAGUGUAGCUUCUCUGCAAUACAACCAGUAGAUACUGAAGAACAUGAAUACACAGUAGAAUGGUAUAAAAAUGAUAUAGGAUUUUACAACUAUAGUCUUGGAAAUUACACCACUCACAUUCUUGCAAAGAGCAACCUUCCUGUUUUCAACUAUGGAGAUGAGAUCGCUUGUGGUGUCUAUGCUUGCAUUAAAGAUGAUUGUCAGAAUACAACUGGACCAGUAAAGAAGAGCAACAUUAUCAAAGCUGAAAUAACCGUUGUUGAAAGUCAGAUUCAAGUCAUAGAAGGUGGAGAGCCACAGGCCAUCACUGUGAUUUCAACACUUCCACCUAAUUUCUUCUGCCAAUCAACAGAGGUUAACUGUAAUCUAGUAGUUUAUACAGAAUUCACUGACAAUGGCAAGGAUAUUAAGUGUCUUGAUUCAAACAGAAUCCCUCAAGCUCUUGUGGUUUGGAAUGAGACCUCUAACAAUGGCAGCUCACCCCAGUGUGGAACUAUGAUCACAACAGCAAACUGGAACUCUGGUGUGAGAAUACUCAUACAGGCUGGUUUUGAUAACCUGAAAGAUAUGACACAAUGGCUGACUUUAGAAAUCAGUGUAACAUUGGAAGUGGGCUUACAAUCAACAAGUUGGACACAUACCAUUUCAGACACAGUAAAGGUGGAAGUAAAAGAUAAUGAUAUAGACAGUGAAUGUCAUGUUGAAGGGGAUCCUCAUAUCACAUCAUUUACUGGCAGAAAGUCAAACAUUUACCUGGAAGGAGGAUUUCUGAUAGUGAGAAAUAAUGAAAGUGAUGUUGAGGUUCAAGGGUUCUUCAGGCGAUGCACAGAUGCAUAUCCUUAUGCUGCCUGUCUUUGUGCUAUGGCACUUAGAUAUCGUUCAGAUGUCAUUGUAGUUGACAAAUGUGGUGCAGAAAUAGGAGAACCUGAUGAUAUUCAUCCAAUGACUAUUCAGGCCUUCCUCAAUGGUGAUCUUGAAGAAAACUUUAAAAUAAUCAGGAUGAAGAGGGACACAAUUAAAAUAUCACUUCCCACUGGAAUGACAGUCACAUUAACCCCUACUAGAGGUUUCCUCAAAAACAAAUACAUGAAUGCAUACAUCCACCCAUCAUCACAAGAUUUCAACAAAGUUGAUGGACUUUGUGGAGAAUUUAAUGGUGCAUUCAAGUCUGAAAAGCUAGAUUUAGAGGAAGAAAACACAUUUAACGAACUAUGGAGAGUGAAAACAGAGUCUUUCUAUUCUGGAGUUUGCCAAUCCAGCAGUAGUGUCAUAGACACACCCAAGUACUGUGAUUGUCAGAAAGGGAUAGUUACUCCUACUUGUGUGAACAAUCCAACAAUAUUUUCUUGUAAUGCAGUACGCAAAUCAAAAAGAUUACAAGGAAAAGACAUCACCCUUGAAGUAAUCAAUAGCAAAACAACACAGAAACCUCCUUUGAAAUGUCAGGCAUCACAAACCCCUGUUGAAUUUCAAAUUGAUCAAACCCCAUUGCCAAACAUAACAACCUUGUUUACACUGAACAAUGCAACACUGGAAUGUCAAAAAGCCAUAAGGGACAGUAAAAGCUAUAAACUUUGUAGCGGUAUUGUGGAGUUAGAACUGAGGUCUAUCAUUGACACAUGUGCAGAGGACCUGCUUCUAUCCAACAAUAUCAACUGGACUUCUUCAGCCAUUGUCACCAUGAUACAGCGAUGUGAAACCCUUAUACAAAUGAACACUCAACUUUGGGUCAAUGUAACCAUCAACAACACUGUGGUUCUGGGACCCCCCCAGGAGCUGCUUGACUUCAUGCUCUGCCCUGACAACUGCAAUGAUAGAGGCAAUUGUACAUCAGAUGGCUGCAUAUGUAAUGAUGUUUUUAUUGGAGAAGACUGUUCCCUAAGCAUUUCAACACCCCCAACUAUAGUGCAAUUUUUACCAGACAAUAUUUGUGAUACCAGAUUAUCAGACUGUGACACUGUCACUGUAAUAGGGAGCAACUUCAUUGAGUCAUCUAAUUUAGUGUGUUACUUCCAAGAGAUAGAGACAAAUUACACACUGACAUACAAGCAGCUAACAGUAGAUCCAGAUUCUUUUGUUCUAGCAAAAUUUAUAAGUUCAGAGUCUGUGCAAUGCCCAAUAAAAAUACCUAAACACAGUUACUAUGUGUAUAUUAGCAAUGUGAACAAUUUUAACAUCAGUUCUGAACCAGUCACUUACAUAUCAUUUGACUCAGUCUGCUAUAGCUGUAAUUCUAAUGGAUGUAAUCUGAAGCCUAAAACUUGCAUCUUGGAUGGAGGCUGCUAUGGGGAAGGUUUUGCCAAUCCUACAAACUUAACGUUUGCUUGUGAUUCUAACAAGUCAUAUACAUGGACACUUAUUGAUCGUAUUGAAAUCACCACAGUUACCUAUUACUUUACAAGUAUUGAAGGAAAUGUACUGGUAACAAGCUCCUGGAACUUUAGUGUUGUUGGUUCUCCAAACCUAAUAGACUUCUUAAAUGACACAAACAACAAAGCCGUACAGCUCAAUGGAGUUAACCAGUUUGUUAACAUGUCAAAUAUAGAAAGUGAUAGCUGUAUCUGGAAUCCUGGUCUUUGCAAGUUUGGACUUAGGAUUGUAUUUGAUCUAAAGGUACUGGAAGAGAAAGAAAAUAUGUAUAUAUUUACGAGUGGUGGUGGUAAGGCUGGUAACUGUGGUAUUGCCAUGUACCACAAGUCAGAACAGUACUACAUCACUGUCAGUACAGAAACUCAAGAAUGGACAUUAGUCACCAAUCAAAUCACACUGAAUCUAGCAGUCAGGAUUGAGAUCUCCUGGAGCAGACAGUUUGGCCUGACAUUGUACAUUGAUGAUGUAAACAUAACCAGUACCACAAGAUUUAUUUACAGAAAUGUCUCUUCCUGUUCACAUUCUCAAUUCUACCUGGGCUAUGGAGCUAAUGUAUACUCCAAGAUUGACAUCAGUGGGUGGAAAGUUGUUUCAGCAUGUAGAGAGAUAGAUAUGGCUGUCCCUCAGUUGACCACAACUGCUGCACCAUCAACUACCACUGAAGUAGUUACUAACACAACAUCAAUAACUAAUACAACUUCAUCAACACCAUCAAACGAAACAUCCACUGUAAAUGGAACAACAUUGGGAGCAACAACUUCAUCACCACCAUCAAAUGAAACAGCAUCCACUGUUAAUGGAACAACAUUGGGAGCAACUACUUCGUCAACACCAUCAAAUGAAACAACAUCCACUGUAAAUGGAACAACAUUGGGAGCAACAACUUCAUCUACACCAUCAAAUGAAACAGCAUCCACUGUAAAUGGAACAACAUUGGGAGCAACAACUUCAUCACCACCAUCAAAUGAAACAACAUCCACUGUAAAUGGAACAACAUUGGGAGCAACUACUUCAGCACCUUCAACAAAUGACAGCACUUCAACAGUAAUAACUACACCUGGUGCAACAUCCACUGUAAAUGGUACAACGCUGGGAGCACCUUCAACAAAUGACAGCACUACAACAGUAAUAACCACACCGGGUGCAACAUCCACUGUAAAUGGUACAACGUUGGCAGCAACUACACCAACACCAACAAAUGACAGCACUACAAGAGUAAUAACUACACCUGUUGCAACAUCCACUGUAAAUGGUACAACGCUGGGAGCACCUUCAACAAAUGACAGCACUACAACAGUAAUAACCACACCGGGUGCAACAUCCACUGUAAAUGGUACAACGUUGGCAGCAUCUACACCAACACCAACAAAUGACAGCACUACAACAGUAAUAACCACACCUGGUGUAACAACCACUGUAAAUGGUACAACGUUGGCAGCAUCUACACCAACACCAACAAAUGACAGCACUACAACAGUAAUAACCACACCUGGUGUAACAACCACUGUAAAUGGUACAACGUUGGCAGCAUCUACACCAACACCAACAAAUGACAGCACUACAACAGUAAUAACCACACCUGGUGUAACAACCACUGUAAAUGGUACAACGUUGGCAGCAUCUACACCAACACCAACAAAUGACAGCACUACAACAGUAUUAACCACACCUGGUGUAACAACCACUGUAAAUGGUACAACUUUGGCAGCAACAACACCAGCACCAACAAAUGUAAGCUCUACAACAGCAAUAACCACACCUGUUGCAACAUCCACUGUAAAUGGUACAACAUUGGCAGUAACUACACCAACACCAACAAAUGUAAGCUCUACAACAGUAAUAACCACACCUGUUGCAACAUCCACUGUAAAUGGUACAACGUUGGCAGCAUCUACACCAACACCAACAAAUGACAGCACUACAACAGUAAUAACCACACCUGGUGCAACAUCCACUGUAAAUGGUACAACGUUGGCAGUAACUUCACCAGCACCAACAAAUGACAGCACUACAACAGUAAUAACUACACCUGGUGCAACAUCCACUGUAAAUGGUACAACGUUGGCAGCAACUACACCAACACCAACAAAUGACAGCACUACAACAGUAAUAACCACACCUGGUGCAACAUCCACUGUAAAUGGUACAACGUUGGCAGUAACUACACCAGCACCAACAAGUGGAAGCACCAUUACAAGUGCAACUUCUGGUCAGACAUCUAGUUCUGUUGUAACAACUGUCUCAAAUCCUGCUACAACUGUAUUGACUUCAGUAACUGGUGCUGUAAGCUCCACUACUACAGGAACCCAAGGAUCAACAAGCCCCUCAGUAGUAUCUUCAGGGAAUACAACUCAAGACUUAAUGACAUUUAGCUCUUCUAGUGGUCAAACAAGCUCUGCUGCUACACCCCAGCAGGCUACUACCACAACAGCAGCUACCACACUACAACAAACUACAUCAUCACAACAAGAUAAUUCAACAGUAAAGCAAGACUCAACCACUGCCCAACAAGACAAUACCACAUCUAAACAAGCCACUACCACAACCCAACAAGAUACUAAUACAACCCAGGACUCAAUCACAGCCAAACAAGACAAUAUCACAACACAACCUGCUAAUACCACAGUUCAACAAACCACUACCUCAGCCAUACCAGCCACUACUGCAACACAAAAUGCCACUACCACAUCCCAACCAGCCACUACCACAGCCAUACCAGCCACUACUGCAACACAAAAUGCCACUACCUCUGCCCAACAAGCCACUACCACAGCCCAACAAGCCACUACCACAUCCCAACCAGCCACUACCACAGCCCAACAAGCCACUACCACAGCCCAACAAGCCACUACCACAGCCCAACAAGCCACUACCACAUCCCAACAAGCCACUACCACAGCCCAACAAGCCACUACCACAGCCCAACAAGCCACUACCACAGCCCAACAAGCCACUACCACAGCCCAACAAGCCACUACCACAGCCCAACAAGCCACUACCACAGCCCAACAAGCCACUACCACAUCCCAACCAGCCACUACCACAGCCAUACCAGCCACUACUGCAGCACAAAAUGCCACUACCUCUGCCCAACAAGCCACUACCACAGCCCAACAAGCCACUACCACAGCCCAGCAAGCCACUACCACAGCCCAACAAGCCACUACCACAGCCCAACAAGCCACUACCACAUCCCAACAAGCCACUACCACAGCCCAACAAGCCACUACCACAGCCCAACAAGCCACUACCACAGUCCAACAAGCCACUACCACAGCCCAACAAGCCACUACCACAGCCCAACAAGCCACUACCACAGCCCAACAAGCCACUACCACAGCCCAACAAGCCACUACCACAUCCCAACCAGCCACUACCACAGCCCAACAAGCCACUACCUCUGCCCAACCAGCCACUACCACUGCCCAACAAGCCACUACCACAGCCCAACAAGCCACUACCACUGCCCAACAAGCCACUACCACAGCCCAACAAGCCACUACCACAGCCCAACAAGCCACUACCACAUCCCAACAAGCCACUACCACAGCCCAACAAGCCACUACCACAGCCCAACAAGCCACUACCACAGCACAACAAGCCACUACCACACCACAACAACAAGAUACUAAUACAACCAAAGACUCAACCACAGCCCAACCAGCCAUUACCACAACCCAACCUGGUAAUACCACAUCCCAACCAGCUUCUACCACAGCCCAACAAGAUACUAAUACAACCCAAAACACAACCACAGCCCAUCAAGACAAUACCACAACCCAACCUGCUGAUACCACAGCCCAACAAGUUACUAAUACAACCCAAGACACUAUCACAACCCAACCUGCUGAUACCACAGCCCAACAAGUUACUAAUACAACCCAAAACACAACCACAGCCCAUCAAGACAAUACCACAACCCAACCUGCUGAUACCACAGCCCAACAAGUUACUAAUACAACCCAAGACACUAUCACAACCCAACCUGCUAAUACCACAGUUCAACAAACCACUACCACAGCCCAACAAGUUACUAAUACAACCCAAGACACUAUCACAACCCAACCUGCUAAUACCACAGUUCAACAAACCACCAUCACAGCCCAACCAGCCACUACUACAACCCAACAAGAUACUAAUGCAACCCAAGAUACAACCACAGCCCAUCAAACCACUACCACAACCUAUGUAGCUAAUACAACAGUGCAACAAGACAGUAACAUGACAUAUACCACCUCAAUUGGAUCAGUAACAACAGGUCAGGACAACACUGCAACCAGCGGUUCAGGUUCACAAGAAUCAACAACUGUAUUCACAUUAGCUCCCUCAACAACAUCAUGUGCAGCUCCUCCAGAGAUAAAUGGCAAUCCCUCAAUAGUUGGAAACUCUUCCCACUUCACUUGUAACAUUCAGGCUCCAACUUCUGAAACUGGAGUUGUUUAUACAGUUACUUGGAAAACCAGUUUAUCUGACUUGUCUGCUUUCAAUACCACUGCUAAAACAAACAGCAUCAACUUCAGUCCACUUAACCAGACUAUAAAAGAAAAAAUAUCUAAAGAUGGAAUAACAUGUUCUGUUGUGGCUUAUUACUCAGCUUGUGAAAAUAUUAAGAGUUCACCUAAAGAAGUUUCCCUCAGUGGCUUAAGUAUACAGUCUACAUUAUCUACCACCGCAAUUGAAGAGGGAAGCACACCUGCCACUGUGACAUUUAGCUUCAAAAAUAUCAGUUCUUCAAUAUCAAAGGAAACUUAUUGCAACUUGAAAUAUAAUCAAGACUGUAACAUUAGUAUACACCUAGAGACAUUGCUCCCUGAAUUUCCAAAUAAAUGUCUCAGAGAAUCAUCAAUCCCGAUUGUUGUGGUAAGAUCACUUGCUAAAAACACUUGUGAUUCUCAAGAUUUAUUGACAUCUAAUGUCAGUUUUGAAGUAGCUGCUGUUGUGGAUGGUAUUGUUAGAGAUGAUAAAAAGGUGACAGUUCAGGCUUACCAAGUAGAAAGAGCAGGGAGCACCCCAAACAGCACUGUAAUAUACUCAUUUAAUUUGACUGUGAUAAGUAAAGAUUUGAACGCCCUCUGUAAAAUUGUUGGAGAUCCACAUCUUUACAGUUAUGACAAUACGGUGUAUGAUGUUAUGUCUACUGGAGAAUACAUUUUACACCUUCAUAGAUUUCUACCAAUUCAGAUAAAUGGCUACUUCUAUAGAACUGGAGCUGGCUCAAGUGCAUGUGGUAUUGCAGCAAGGUUUGGAGAUAAUGUUAUUAGAGUCAGCAGAUGUGAAACAAUCAAUUCCAAUGUGCAUCCACUAGAAAUAAAACUUUUCUUGAAAACUAUGAAUAUUUCAAAUACAAAAAUUUACCAAGAGGAUAAUGGUGACACUGUCAAGAUUUUUCUACCUUCUGGACUUAUUGUGCAAGUGACCAGCUCUAUUGGUGCAUCAGUUAAUGUGUAUAUUAAGCCAUCAGCUCUGGACUUGAGUAAUGUAAAAGGUUUGUGUGGUGUUUAUGAUGGAAAUAAAACCAAUGAUCUGCUGGGUCAGGACAAUGUUCUUUAUCAAGUUAGUGACACUGGAAUAGAUGAGCCUAAUACAUUUAGCAGGUCAUGGAGUGUCAACUCCUCUCAGUCACUCUAUAAUGGAUACCAGUAUAGUGCAAGUUUUAACAGAGCAAUAUAUUGUACUUGUGGUUCAUCUGGCUCUAGCAGUUGCUCUCAGUUUACAGAUGUAGCAGAGUGUGGAGUUAGUAUAACAGGAACUGAUAUCACACAGUCAUUACUAGAUGCUUAUUCAUAUGAAAAGUCUUCUGGUAUACAGCAGAGGCAAACAUCUGGUAGAAAACGUCGUCAAACAUCAAAUCCAGACUUCUUAGGGUUCAGUACAAAUAUUACACCAACUUCAUCAAAUAUUACAUUGGAAAGUGCAACUGAAUCAUGCAAAAACAGGAGUUCUACAGUAAAUGAUGAAUGUUUACGUUACAUUGGUGACAACUUGAAUGAGGAAAUAAACAAUUGUGCUAAAGAUAUAAGCAGGACAGGCUCAUAUCAAUGGCUGGAUUCUAUGGUAGACAGUCUAAAAACUACUUGUUUGGAUAAAUUAACUACUAACUCCUCAUUAUGGAAUGACCCCAAUACAGCUGAUGCAUCAGUGAAACCAACAGCACAACCUAUUGUUGAUACUCUGUGUCCACAAAAUUGUAGCAACCAUGGAACUUGUCUGCUAGGUGAGUGUCACUGUGACUUAAAUUACACUGGCUCUGACUGCAGUACAACUGGCAUGCCUCAACCUGCCAUUGAUGGUCAAAGUAAUGUUACUUGUGACACACAGAGUGGAAAUUGCAGCCUAGUGAAAAUAUUAGGCCAAGGCUUUACUAAUACAACCAUGUGUUCCAUGAGCUUUACUGAUGGCUCUAAUAAAAGCACAGCCUCCGCCAUUUACCAAUCGCAAUAUGUUGUUUAUUGUAAUGUGACUGAUAACAGAAGUCGCCUCAUCACUGUAGUGAAUGGUGAAUUGUCUAGUAAAGAAAAAGCACUAUUUUUAAUCUAUGAUUCGAGAUGUGCCAAAUGCCUGGGCAGCUCUAUAGAGUGUUCUGUAACCGCUGGAUGUUUUAUAGACUCUAAAUGCUAUACCAAGGAUGAUUCACUGGAUACAUGCAAUAAGUGUGAUCCUUCUACAUCUCAAACAGCUUGGACAACUAUAGAAAACUGCAAACCCAGAAAUCCAGAUGCAGUAGAAUUUAACUCCCUCACAGUUAUCAUCAUAGUUGGCUGUAUAGCAGGGCUACUGUUAAUUGUUGUAAUAUCAGUAGCCUUAGUUAUAUUAAUCAGAAAACGAAGACUUCAUUUAAGGAUGCAAAAGUUAAAUACAACAUCAUCAGAUGAGGAUUCCAGUUAUGGUAGGGUUUAUGAUGGAACAUUUGGGCUCCGUACUGAUAGAAGUCUAACUUUUUACAACCCCUCUCUAGCCCCAACACACCAAGAUUUGUACGACAACAAUGAUGCAUAAAUAAUAUUUAGUAUGGAAGAUAACGUAAAAACAAAAUAAACUUUGGACUAUGAAUACUGGUAUACAAUUUAACAACAAUGUCCUCUGUGUUCACCAAGUCUUAAUCUUAAUUUCUAUCAUAUUCAUAUACAUAAUAAAUUUAUAACUGUUGCGUUGUUGUGAUAUACAAUUUCCACUGGUGCCUUAAUUUUAUUUCAUUUACUUAUCAAUCUGUACAUAUUUACUCUUUUUAUUUUUAAAAUUUUUACUCUAUUAGUAUAGACAAAAUUAUUUAUAGAUUAUAAACAUCAAGGUAAUUUAACAAGUAAUAUAAUAUCAAUAUGACAAUGAAUUUAUCCGGUCAUGUACAAAUUGCUACACUAAUGUAUGCAGAGUAAAUUAUUUAAUUAAUUUUAUAUUGUUUUAGACAAUCAGCAUCAUUUAAGUGAUUUUAGGAAAUAAUUUAAAACAAUAUUAUUGUGAACCUAUAGCAAAAAUAUGAAUUAUUUUCAAACAUUUUU